GGUUCCGUGAGGGCCCCGGGGGUCGCUCCAGGUGAGGGGGGGCCGGCAGGUGAAGGAGGUCCCCAGGUUAGGGGGUCUCCAGGGGAUCCCCCGCCCCCCCCGGGGACCCCCGCCAUGGAUAGCCCGGCCCUGCCCAUCCGCCGCUCCCGCCGCGAGCUGGUGGAGGCCGUGAGAGAGCGGCCCUUCCUCAUCGUCACCGGCGAGACGGGCAGCGGCAAGAGUACGCAGCUGCCCAGGUACCUCUUCGAGGCAGGCCUGGCCAAGCACGGGGCCAUCGGUGUCACCCAGCCCCGGCGCGUCGCCACCAUGUCGGUGGCGCAGCGGGUGGCCGAGGAGAUGGGCUGUGCCCUGGGCACUCUCGUGGGGUACCAGGUCCGCUUCGACGACUGCACCUCCGAGGACACUGCCAUCAGGUAUAUGACUGAUGGCUGCCUGUUGAGGCAAAUCCUGACAGAUCCCCUCCUCAGCAAGUACAGCAUCAUCAUUUUGGAUGAAGCCCAUGAGCGCAGCCUCAGCACUGAUAUCUUAUUUGGUUUGCUGAAGAAACUCUUUCUACAGAAGAAACCCCCGGACAGGAAGACGGAGAUGAAGGUGGUGGUGAUGUCGGCCACCCUGGAGGUGGACAAGCUCUCCGAGUUCUUUGGACACUGCUCAGUGCUGCACAUUCCAGGGAGGAGUUACCCUGUCAAGGAGAUAUUCUGCAACCUGCUGAGCCCCAGGGACGUGGGCAGCUCUGCCUAUGUCACAGAGGCUGUGAAAGUCACGCUGGAUGUCCACCUGAAUGAACCAGAAGGGGACAUCUUGGUCUUCCUGACAGGUCAAAUUGAGAUAGAAAAAGCCUGUGACUUGCUCUUCAAGAAAGCAGAGUCUAUUGAUUACCGCUACGAGGUGCACGAUCAGGCCGUGGAGGGAUUGCUUAUCCUACCUCUGUAUGGCUCAAUGUCAACAGAUCAACAGAAAAGGAUAUUUUUGCCAGCUCCUACGGGCAUUAGAAAAUGUGUGGUGUCCACAAACAUUGCUGCAACAUCUCUGACCAUCGAAGGAGUCAGGUACGUCGUAGACAGCGGGUUUGUGAAGCAGCUGAAUCACAACCCCCGAGUUGGCUUGGACAUACUGGAGGUGGUUCCCAUUUCAAAGAGCGAGGCGAAGCAGCGAGCUGGCCGAGCCGGCAGGACCUCGUCCGGGAAGAGCUACCGGCUGUACAGCAGGGAGUUCUGGGAGCAGUGCAUGCCUGACCACACCGUCCCAGAGAUCAGGAGGACCAGCCUGACAUCUGUCAUCCUGACCUUGAAGUGCCUCUCCGUGCAUGAUGUCAUCAGAUUUCCCUAUUUGGACCCCCCUGAAGAAAGACAUAUUUUAGAAGCUCUCAAGGAACUUUACCAGUGCAGUGCUAUUGACAGGAGAGGCCAUGUGACAAGACUGGGAGAAUUCCUGGUGCAGUUUCCCCUCCCUCCCAACCUGAGCUGUGCUGUCAUAAAAGCUGCUUCCCUUGACUGUGAGGAUCUCCUGCUUCCCAUUGCAGCCAUGCUGUCCGUGGAAAACGUCUUCAUCCGGCCAGGUGAUCCUCAGAAGCAAAAGGAGGCUGAGCUUCAACACCAGGAACUUUCCUCACAAGUGGGAGGAUGCAAUGACUUUGCAACCCUCUUAAAUAUUUUUGAACAGUGCAAAGCAAGCAAGUCUCCCUCAGCCUGGUGCCAGAGACACUGGAUCCACUGGAGGGCUUUAAAAUCUGCUUUUAGCGUGGAAAAACAGCUCCGGGAAAUCACCAGUAAACUGAAAGAGCUGCCAGACUUCCCCAAAGAAACUUUUGAAGGCUCCAGGACUGAAAUACUGAGGAGGUGCCUGUGUGCAGGAUACUUCAUCAAUGUAGCUCGGAGAUCUGCAGCCAGGACAUUCUGCACAAUGGACGGACAUGGCAGCAUUGUCUACAUCCACCCCUCAUCCACACUGUACAACCAGGAGACUCUGCUGGAGUGGAUCAUCUUCCACGACGUCACCGUGACGUCCAAGAUCUACGUGCGGACCGUGUGUCCCGUGCGCUACGAGUGGGUCAAGGACCUGCUGCCCAGGCUGCACCAGAUCGAUGCCUACGAGCUGAGCAGCGUGGCCAGGGAGGAGGUGACAGAGGAGGAAAUAACCAGCUGGAAGCACAGGGAGGACCUGAAGAGGCAGUUGGAAGGAGCCACAGACAACUCUGCCAAGAAGAUGGAGAGAAGGAAUGAUGAUCAGUCCAUCCUGGAUGCCAGAGCCCGUUACCUGGAGAGGAAGCAGCAAAGAGCACAGGGUUUAGGUGGCCCAGUGAAAGAAACGGGGUAAUUCUGGUGGCAGCUCCACUCCCAUGCGAGGGAGGGGGGUUUGUGCAGCUCUGGGGAUGUUUGCACGAUGCAAAGUGACUCACAGGAAUGGAGGGAAACUUCUGCUUUGUGGUUAUUUCAGUGCAGAAGAGUAAAACACAACCUUCCUUUGCUGCGUCCAGCAGGGAAAAGUGACCAAGCUGAAUUUUGUUGCUGCGUGUCACUGGCAACAGUUCACUGGCUGGAAGACUGUGGUGCCAAUUCUGCAGCAUUUAAUUGACUUAAAAAGGUCUCAGUGUCAACAAAAAUAAAAUUUUCUUAAAGAUUGGCUGUUUUUUUUAUUUUUUUUUUUAAGGAGUGGAACUGUAAGUUUUUAUCCAUUUCACUCAGUAUGAUGGUUGUACAGCCUCAAUGCUCAUCCACUCCUCAGUUAAAUGUGUAGGAAGGGCUCUUUUGAUGAUGGAACCAUCAGGAUUAAAUCCAGAAGGACAUUUGCCCCCUGCAUUCCCUGCUGCACCACGUACAGGGAUGGCUCUGGGUGAAGAUGUCUUUGUGUGCCAAGUGUUCUGGCAGUGUUUCCACAUUCCUGCUAACAAUGCAUCACUUUUGUCAGGGAUGACUUAGCACUGUGGGUUUUCCUGCUGGCAAAGGAACCCACCCCAGCAGUGGAUCCCUUAUCCCCCAGGGCUGGCAGCAGGGCUGCUCCUAAUGGGCUGUUUGUCUGGAUUUGGGGACUGUUAUUUUUAAAAGAUAUGGAUUUUGAUCUCAAGAAUGACUGUUUCAAAUGUGUGGGAAGAACACACGAGGAAAUACAAGCUUUUGUCCUUAAGCUGUGAUGCUUUGUCAUCAUAAAGUUUGUCUCCUUCUCAGUAAAGAAAUAAUCCUGUUUUAUCACCUCAAUAACCCUAAAAUGUUCCAGUGUGGAGCUUGUACAAGACAAUUUCCAAAUAACUGGAGGAACAUGCUGUCAUUUUUUUCCCACCUCUGUGUGUCACCUUCUUGCUUUCCAGGUCACUUGUUAAAAGGGAUGUGGUAAAAUAUUCACCAUUCCCCCUCUGCUCCACCUUGAGCAUUCCAGGCUGAUCAAAAGCUCUCGGAAACCUUGGGAUUCUUUGUGGGAAAUAUAAUAUUCCUCAUAAAAAAAGUGGUAGAUCUGAUAAUUGAUCUGAUAAUUGUUCCUCUUUUCUGUAAUUAUGCCUAUUAAAAGGGAAGAGAUGGGGGAAAGAUGGGGAGGGACUUUGGACAAGAGCUUGGAGUGACAGGGCGAGGGGAAUGGCUUCAAACUGCCAGAGAGGAGGUUUAGGUUGGAUAUUGGAGAAAAAUUCUUCCCUGGGAGGGUUUUUUUCACUCUGGUGCUCAGGCUCUGCUUUGGAGCAGGAGCACUUUUCCUUGACUCAACCUCUUUUGCUGUUUAAUUUGAUUCAUGAUAUAUUUGCAAGUCAUGGCCACUCCUGAGUCAAAGGACAUCUGCCCCACAUGCUGGGUCUGAAAUGAGCAGCUGGAAUGGCUACUCUUUCUUGGGGCUGGAAAUCUCUUGGCAGAUCCUGCUGCUUUCUGGUUCCUUUUAUUGUUUUCACUCUCUUAGUAGAAAAAAGGGAGGGGUUUUUGUUUUCCCACUUGUGUUUCAGGGCUGCUCAGAGAGUUGGAAAUGGGGAAUUUAAGACAAAUUAUGUGAGGAAAUAACCGUGAGAUUGCCAAAUAAGGUGUAAGGAAAGCUGGGGUGCCCCAAGCACACCCAGCUCUGGGCAGAGCACUUGGAAUGCUGCAUCAUCACAGAGAAACAGCUAAAACUUAACUCUUUUUGUGUGCUGGAGGUAAAUUGUGAGUUAAUAAACACGGGAGGAAAGUGGGA